AUGCGACCUACACAAGUGGAGAAAACGCCUGAAAAGGAAUACGCUCCUCAGAAGUUUCUUACUAAUGCCGAGAUGGUUCAACGUCGGAAGGAUGGCUUAUGUUAUUACUGUCCUGAAAAGUAUACUCCAGGCCAUUUUCUUAAACACAAGAAGACACAACUUUUCAUGAUUGAAACAGGGGAAGAAGAUGACCUUGAAGCUGCUCCAGAGAUACAAAACGAGGAAGAAGAAGCCAUAGAUAUCGCUACAAUCUCUGUUAAUGUUGUUUCAGGAAUUUCCGACUACAAUACUCUAAGGGUCAAAGGAGAGUGUGGGAAACGCUCCAUAUUUGUCCUUAUUGACUCUGGUUCUACACAUAAUUUCGUUGAUACUCGUACGGCGGAGAAGUUAGGUUGUACGGUACGCACUUCAACGAGAUCUCGAGUUACUGUUGCUGAUGGUCGUCGAAUUGCUAUUCAGGGUCAUAUCGACAAUUUCAGGUGGACGUUUCAUGGUACCACUUUUGAAUCCGAUGUUAUGGUCAUUCCUCUUGGAGGUUGUGACAUGGUACUAGGAGUCCAAUGGUUACACACCUUAGGCCCUAUUACUUUUGAUUUUAAGAAACUCGAGAUGUCUUUUAAAUGGGAAGCAAGGAAGAUUCUACUUCACGGAAUUAAGCAAGACUCGGUACGUCAUGUGAAAGCUGCAAAGUUAAACAAAUUACAAGACGAAGAUGUGCAGUUGGCCAUGCUUUACGUUCAAUCAGGGGUAGAAGAAGAACCAAUCCAAUUUUAUUCUCUCGACGCGACAACAACCUCCACCACCGUUUGUCCUGCGAUAGAUGGAUUGCUUACUGAGUUUUUCGAUAUUUUUGAGGAGCCAACAACUUUGCCUCCAUUCCGUGAACAUCAUAACCAUCGUAUCCCUCUUUUGGAAGGCUCUAAUCCAGUGAAUCAACGACCUUACCGCUAUGCCAUCCACCAGAAGAAUGAAAUCGAUACUAUGGUGCAAGAGCUUUUAACCGCAGGUACUAUUCAACCUAGCUCUAGUUCUUUUGCAUCACCGGUGGUUCUCGUUAAAAAGAAAGAUGGAAAUUGGCGUCUUUGUGUCGACUACCGUGGCUUGAAUGGUCUGACAGUUAAAGACAGAUUCCCAAUUCCAUUGAUUGAAGACCUUAUGGACGAACUAGGAGGCUCCAAGGUCUACUCUAAAAUCGACUUGAGAGCCGGUUAUCAUCAGGUUCGGAUGGAUCCUCUUGAUGUCCACAAGACAGCGUUUAAAACACAUGGAGGACACUUUGAGUAUCUAGUAAUGCCAUUUGGGCUUACUAACGCGCCAGCUACUUUUCAAAGUUUGAUGAACUCUAUCUUCAAGGAAUUUCUUCGGAAAUUUGUUCUCAUCUUCUUUGAUGACAUUUUGAUAUACAGUUCUUCUAUGGAACUUCAUAUCACUCACCUGCGUUGUGUUUUUGAGUUAAUGCGCCAGAACAGCUUGUUUGCAAAACAGAGUAAAUGUUCGUUUGCAACAGAUCGGGUGGAGUAUUUGGGGCACUUUAUUGAAGAAAAAGGUAUUUCAACGGAUCCAAGCAAGGUUAAGGCUGUCGCAGACUGGCCUAUUCCGGUGAACCUUAAACAACUCCGAGGGUUCUUAGGGUUAGCUGGUUAUUACCGACGUUUCGUCAAGAAUUUUGGAACAAUAGCUCGCCCCUUGACUGCCUUAACGAAGAAGGAUAGUUUUGAAUGGUCAGAAGAAGCCCUUCACUCGUUUAAAGAUUUGAAACGAGCAUUGUGUGAAGCUCCGGUGUUGGCCCUACCAUUAUUUGAUACACCUUUUGUGGUCGAGACUGAUGCUUGUAGCCAGGGAAUAGGAGCUGUACUUAUGCAGAAUGGCCAUCCAUUAGCUUACAUAAGUCGUCAUUUAAAGGGUAAGCAACUUCACCUCUCUAUCUAUGAGAAAGAAUUGUUAGCUGUGGUCUUUGCUGUAACAAAAUGGCGCCAUUACUUGCUCAAUGGUCACUUUGUGAUCAAGACGGAUCAAAGGAGUCUCAAGUAUUUACUUGAGCAGAGACUCAACACUCCGAUACAGCAGCAGUGGCUACCUAAAUUACUCGAGUUUGAUUACGAGAUCCAAUACAAACAGGGGAAAGAGAAUUUGGUUGCUGAUGCGUUGUCUAGAGUCGAAGGAGCCGAGGUUUUACACAUGGCCAUGUCUGUUUUACAAUGCGAUUUACUACAGCAGAUUCAGGCUGGUUACGAUACUGAUCCAACAGUGAGGGAUUUGAUAGCAGAGUUACAACAGAAACCAUUAGCCAAAAAACAUUUUUCUUGGACACAAGGCAUCUUACGGAGAAAGAGCAAGAUUGUGGUCCCCGAUAACGUGCUUCUUCGAAAUAAAGUUUUGGAAUGGUUACAUUGUUCUGGAAGUGGUGGCCACUCAGGGAGAGACGCAACACAUCAACGUGUGAAAGGCCUCUUUUAUUGGAAAGGGAUGUCGAAAGACAUUCAAUCUUAUAUCCGUGGAUGCAAUGUGUGUCAGCAGUGUAAGUAUGAUCCAGCAGCAUCACCAGGGCUGAUUCAACCUUUACCAAUCCCUGAGACAAUCUGGACUGAUAUCUCUAUGGAUUUCAUUGAUGGCUUGCCUUCUUCUUAUGGGAAGACGGUUAUUUUCGUUGUGGUCGAUCGGCUUAGUAAGGCAGCUCAUUUUAUGGCCCUUUCACAUCCUUAUACCGCUUCCUCCAUCGCUCAAGUCUUCUUGGAUAAUGUGUUUAAGCUUCAUGGCUUUCCACAAUCUAUUGUUAGUGAUCGUGAUGCUAUCUUUCUUAGUGACUUCUGGCGUGAACUCUUCAGCCUUCAAGGAGUUGCCUUAACCUCUCUAGUGCCUAUCAUCCUCAAAGUGACGGACAAAUGGAGGUGGUCAAUAGAUGUCUUGAGACAUAUUUACGGUGUAUGUGCAGUGAUAGACCUCAUCUUUGGAGUAAAUGGCUGCCUUUGGCAGAAUUUUGGCGAGUCUAAAGUAGCUGUGGUUGCCAAGUGCUUACAAGAGAGGGAGAAUAUGAUUCUGAUUUUGAAAUUUCACCUGUUGAGAGCUCAACAUAGGAUGAAACAGUUCGCUGAUCAGCAUCACACUGAUCGUAGCUUCGGCAUUGGCGACUUUGUUUAUGUUAAGCUGCAACCGUAUCGGCAGAAAUCUUUGGUCCUCCGUCACAAUCAGAAGUUGUCUCCUAAGUAUUUUGGCCCUUACAAGAUCGUUGACAAGUGUGGGAAAGUUGCUUACAAGUUACAACUUCCUGCAACAUCUCAAAUUCACCCUGUUUUUCAUGUUUCUCAACUGAAAUUACAAGUUGGUGCUACACUUGUUGCCAAUCAACUUCCCUCGAUCACCCACGAUGCUUUUGUCAAAGAACCAGAAAAGAUUCUUGAGAGAAAGAUGGUACAACAUCAAGGCCAGGCAGCUACGAUGGUAUUGGUCAAAUGGACUACUGAAGCAGAGGACGAAGCAACAUGGGAGUUCUUGUUCGAUCUGCAUAAGAAAUAUCCUUCCUUUCAUCCUUGA